CUGAAGCGAGCAGAUACCGCACACACUGGGCUGCCAUUAGCACAGCGGGAAGGAGGCAUAGAUACUGUGAAAGAAACUUAACAUUUCGGAAUUUUGUUAGCCAAUUUAAGAUCCGAAGGAAUAUAUAUUGAACACGUACAUUUCUUAUUUUAUUUUCCACGUCGGUCUUGGCAUAAAAGCCCAUCGGAAACGGACAGAUUGAAAAAGAACAAGUGACGUCGUUACAAAAGGAGACUUGGCUGAAAUCCUUUAGUCAACAAAGAAAAAUCUUCUCUGAAAUACAGGAGGAAUCCUCACUUAUUCUCUUUAGUUAUGAGUCAUGUUGUCGUCGACGGUUCACACGGUCUAGAUCAGCAGCUUGCUGUUUUAGACUUAAACCCCGAUGGUGCAGGCUCAGGCCGGCGUUACAUUCCUCCUCAUUUGAGAAACAAAGAGGCAUCAAACAGUGCAGGAAAUGCUUAUUCCUCUGGUAGACAGAGCGGUUAUUCAGUGGCAGCAGUACAGAGCUAUCGUCAAGUUUCUCCCAAACAGUAUCCUCAGAGUUGGCACCCUGAGGGAAACCACAGACACAGGCAAAACUAUCCGACUGGAUGGAAUGACUUUAAGAUCGGUACCCAGAGAUAUGCGUCCCAGGAGCUUUCUUUUUAUCACACCUACACUGGUGGCUGGCCAGACAGAUGUGUCUCCCCUGCGUGUACUGAAAGCAGUGUAGCCACCGAUGGAAAUGAAGAUUCAGCCAGUGUUAUCAGCUGGGCUGAUCGCUGUGAUUCUCCAGGGUGGGAUGGCGGUCGUAGCAAUGGUUUCGUCAACGGGUACCAUGAUGGACAUAUAAAUGGAGCGGCAAACUUUGGGCGUGGACCACCUCGCAAUGACAGGGGUGGGCGUGGAAGCUUCCGGGGCACCAGGAAUGGUGGUUCUUUCACCCAACCCAUGCAUAAUGCAGGUUAUGGUGGUUAUGAGAACAAAGAUGGAGGCUGGAAUUCUAUGGUGAACAGAGAUGCCUACAGUAGCUUUGGUGGACGUUCGGACAGAGGAAAGCCGGCUUUCUACAAUGACCGAGGAUCAGGAUCAAGAGGAAGGUAUGAACGUGGAGGCUUUGGAGGAUCAGGAGGGAACAGUCGUUGGGUUGAAGAGUCCAGAGAUGAGGAGGACUGGUCCAAGCCUCUGCCCCCCAAUGAUCGCAUGGAACAGGAGCUGUUCUCUGGGAGCAACACGGGGAUUAACUUUGAGAAGUACGAUGACAUUCCUGUGGAGGCCACUGGAUCAAACUGUCCUGGGCAUAUUGAGAGUUUUCAUGAUGUGGAUAUGGGGGAUAUCAUUAUGGGCAACAUCGCCUUGACCAGCUACACGCACCCUACCCCUGUUCAGAAAUAUGCAAUCCCCAUCAUUAAGAGCAAGAGGGACCUGAUGGCCUGUGCGCAGACGGGCUCGGGAAAGACUGCAGCCUUCCUACUUCCUGUGCUGAGUCAGAUCUACACUGAUGGACCCGGAGAAGCGCUGCAGGCCUCCAAAGCCAGUGUCCAGCCGGAGAACGGGAAGUACGCCCGCCGUAAACAGUAUCCCAUUUCUCUGGUCUUGGCUCCAACAAGAGAGCUUGCUCUUCAGAUCUAUGAUGAGGCUAGAAAGUUCGCCUACCGCUCAAGAGUGCGCCCGUGUGUGGUUUAUGGAGGUGCUGAUAUAGGCCAGCAGAUUCGUGAAUUGGAAAGAGGCUGUCACCUUCUGGUGGCCACACCCGGCCGUCUGGUAGACAUGAUGGAGAGAGGCAAGAUCUGCCUGGAUCACUGCAAAUACCUUGUUCUGGAUGAGGCAGACAGAAUGCUUGAUAUGGGUUUUGAACCCCAGAUCAGACGUAUUGUGGAGCAGGACACAAUGCCUCCUAAAGGAGCUCGCCAGACCAUGAUGUUCAGUGCCACUUUCCCCAAAGAGAUCCAGAUUUUAGCUCGUGACUUUUUGGAGGAGUACAUUUUCCUGGCUGUGGGCCGUGUGGGUUCCACCUCAGAGAACAUCACCCAGAAGGUCGUUUGGGUGGAGGAGAAUGACAAGCGCUCAUUCCUCCUUGACCUGCUCAAUGCUACAGCAGAACCUGAAAUAGGAAAAGAACCUGAGGUCCACGGCAAGGACUCUCUCACGCUGGUGUUUGUGGAAACCAAAAAGGGAGCAGAUGCUCUUGAGGAUUUUCUCUACCGCGAGGGUUAUGCAUGCACCAGUAUCCAUGGUGACCGCUCUCAGCGCGAUCGCGAGGAAGCACUAAACCAGUUUCGUUCUGGACGCUGUCCUAUCAUGGUUGCCACUGCUGUGGCUGCACGAGGUCUGGACAUAUCCAAUGUUAAGCACGUGAUCAACUUCGACUUGCCUAGCGACAUUGAGGAAUAUGUUCACCGUAUCGGUCGUACAGGACGCGUGGGAAACCUCGGUUUGGCCACCUCGUUCUUCAAUGAUAAGAACAGUAACAUCACAAAAGAUUUGCUCGACAUCCUGGUGGAGGCCAAACAAGAAGUUCCUUCCUGGCUUGAAAACCUGGCUUAUGAGCACCAGCACAAGAGCACCAGCAGCCGCGGACGCCCAAAGAGGUUCUCUGGUGGCUUUGGAGCCAGAGAUUAUCGCCAGAUACCCGGGGGUGGUAGCGCAUUCGGCAACCGUGGCGCUCGCAACCCUGGUGGCCACGUAGCCAGCCGAGGUUUCGGAGGCAAUAAAGUAGGUGGCUUUGGCAGUUUUGGCGGUGACAGCUACGGAGGCAACUAUGGAAACUACGGAGGAAGCUACGCCCAGGUUGACUGGUGGGGCAACUAAAUGUGUUCGAAGAGGGUCACCAUGCCAAACCACAUGUUAUCAUAGCCAGACUCUACUCCCUGUGUAGCUUUAUGAACUCGGUACAUUACACGCUGUGAUUCUCUGCCCGCAGUCUAAAGUGAGCUAAAAAAGUGUAAGCGCAGUUAAAUCUGGCGCAGAGUAACACGAAUGCCCACUUGUGUAUUUGAUAUAGAAUAUAUUACAAAGUUUUUCUUUGUUUGGAAAAAACGAGGAUCAUUUGUAUGUGAAUGUACUGUGCCUUUUUCAAUAUAGACAGGUAUUUAGUUUCGUUAAUUUUAUUGAGUGAACUUGGCCAAGAGCUGAAUUUUUUUUCCUGUAAAUGCGUUUGAAAGCUUGUACUUUAUCAAACCUUGGCAAAUACUGGGAUAACGGGACUCGGAACGAGUCGCGAUCCAUUUUGAAUUUCAAACCGAUAUCAAAGCCAACAAUACAAGCCACAAAACUAAGACACGGAUGCUUUGCGUUCAACGUGAACCGCUCUGUGAAGCGACUGUGUCACAAGGGAUGAUAAAUAAGUCUGACUUAUUUUAGUUUUGCUCACUCUAUCCUCGAGAGGCACCUAUUUAGGGAUAUGGUUGUCUUGAUAAAGGCCAUUCCGGUUAUGAUAUUCAUGACAAACUAUUGGAAACACUUGGUGUUUUAAAAAAAAUUCACAAUGCUGGAACUUCUUACUCCACUUGUUUUAAUUGACUUGACGCAGUGUUAUGGCAGCUAGUAAGAACCAGAUGCUAGCCACUGUAGAAGUGGGCAGCAUUUUUUGUUCAAAUAGUUUUUGUUCUCGAAACAUUUCGGAGAAUCAGAUGUGGUUUUUUAAAAGGCCACGUGAAAGUUUUUUUUGUAAAAUGUUUCUUUAUAAAUGUCAGCAAACAAAAAAUGCCUGCCAUCCUGAAAAUGAAGUUUAAAUGGCUACAAACGGACCACACGGAACCAAAGCGGUUGUGCCUUGGAAACAUGGCUGCUUUGGUCAAAUACGCAUGCUAGUGUUUUGUUUUUUGGUCAAGGAGAGAAGACGAACGAACUGUUGCAGGCUUUAUUUUAAUACAAACGUCCUCUCUUUUCAAGCUGCGUGGCGGGCACGGCUCCCUUUUUCAUAGGCGGCGGCGGCAGCAGCAGCCGAGAGUUGUUUUCGAGGCAUCGGCAAAUCCGGGAGUUUGUCGGGUUAGGCGAGUCCAGUUAGACAGGGUCCAAACUCUCGAACACAAACGCUGUCAGCGUUCAUCUGGUUAGAUGUGAACUAUACCAAUGGCCGAUGAGCCAGAUUUAUGCUUCUUUUCAUAAACGGAAAGAAGCCUUCGAUCGGAGGAGAAAUAUGGCAUUUAACGCAAAAGUGCAAUAGAGUUUCUUCUCAAGUGAGUUGUGCCUUGACUUAUUUUUAUGUUUACGUUUUAGUUAAUGAAUUCAAACCGAUGCACUGACAGUAUUGAGAACUUCAAGUUGAAUGGUGCUACUCGAGUUAGGUCUAGGCUCGAGUACGUUGUGCCCAUCACGUUUUACAAAGUUCUUCUUUUAUUGCACAUUUAGAGUUUUAUACGAAUGUCUUGAGCGCACGUCCUCAAGCUUCCAAAUAUCGUGUAUUUGAGGAGACAGGAGAAACGCAGCUUGUUUACAAAAAAGGGGAAGGGUUCUCAAUAUAUAUAUAUAUUAUCCAGGAUUUAUUUGGGACCAGGGCGAUCAGCAGUAGGGAAUUUAGCUAUUUGCACACAGAUUUCUAGAUUCUACUUUUGCUGCUAGUUUUGUGUAACUUAUUAAGCAUUUUUUGAGAAAUAUUUAUUUUUAUAAGCCUCAAAGUGAUUCUUUGAAAGUUUCAAGUAACUUGACCAAAAGACAAUACUUAAACACUGGCACUUGAAUGUUGAAUGUCACCUGUAUGCGUGAAGUUUCUAUAUUUCGGGGUAGUGUGAGCUUUUUUAAUGUUUCAGACAUGUUGGACUUGCUCGGUAUCUGCAGCUGUCGAAGUCUCGACGGCCGCACGCGGAUGUGGAAUUACCAAUUGGCUUUCGAAAUUGGAAAUUUGUGGAUAUAAAUAAAAACAUGCCAAGGUUUGGAAUUAAAAGUCAUUUAAAAAAAAUAAAAAAGGAAAAACGUAACAAUUGCCUAAAUAUCAGUGCACAGUGUCCAGAUUCUCCAAAUAUGUGUGUGUUUGUUUAUUUCUUCUGUAUUUCUGAUUGGCAUUUGUUCUGUUUAUGUUUGUUUCUGUCAUUGUCUGGCACAUGGCGAUCUUAAACAUGUGGUUAAUCUUCAUUGUAUUUACAUAUAUGGCAGCUCUGGGUUUUGGUCUUCUCAGGAGGAGCCGCAAGUGUCCACGCUAGCAAUAAGUCUUACUAUGUAUUAAAACACUGAUAUCACACCCCCAUGCCCUCCAUUUGAAUGGAAAGAGGUGAUUGGCUUCCUGAGAGGACACCAGAGCUUACUAGAUUUAGAUUUUGCUUUGUCGUAGCAUAUAGGCUAUGCACUGCAUGAGAGGACUCGGCUGUGCGUUUAUUGUAUGAUUUUACCAAAAUAAAAGUUUAUGAUGCAAAUUCCUUACAAA